UCGCGAUCAGUAGCGCGCGAGAAUCCGCGGCCGCCGGCGCGCGCGACGCAACGAACGAACGACCCGCACUCUCUACACGGUACAACCACGCUCAGUAGUCACAGAGUACGGAUUAACGAACACGAAACAGACUCGAACGCGAGUUUAAACGCAAGCGCAGCUUUUCUAAUUAUAACGUGCUCGAAAUGCAGAACAUCGAUCCACUGGAGUUUGCCAACAUAUUGGCCACCGAGCUCUGGUGCCAACAGUUGGCUAAUCUCGAAGGCCUCCAAUCGGGGGUCCCAACCCGCACAACGGCGACCAUAACGCCCACGCAGCUGCGCAACUUCGAGCAGACCUACAUCGAGCUCAGCAACUGCCACAGCGAGCAGGCCAACCACGCUGGGUUCGUGCCUCCGUCCGUCACGCACGCCAACAGCUACGGCAUCCUGAAUCCAGGGGGCUACUGCGACGCGGGCCCGACGACGGCGCUGCAUGUGUCGCCGGGCCCGCUCUCCGCCAGCGGCGACAGCAGCUGCAGCCCCGGCCCCGCGCCCAAGCGCCGCAACAUGGGCGGCCGCCGACCCACCAAGGCCCCACAGGACAUCUCCCCGGAGGAAGAGGAAAGGAGAAAGGUCCGCCGCGAGCGCAACAAGAUGGCCGCCGCGCGCUGUAGAAAACGCAGACUCGAUCACACUAAUGAACUCCAAGAUGAAACUGAUAAACUCGAAGAAAAGAAACACGCGUUACAAGAAGAAAUCAGAAAGCUAAACGCAGAUAAAGACCAGCUCCAGACCAUCCUUCAAACGCAUCUGAGGACGUGUAAACUGGCGCGACGCGCGCCUAGUCCGCCCGAUGUGAAACCCUUUGAGGAGUACCCGUAUAUCGAGGAGGGGGUGCGAGUUAAGGAGGAGGUGAUUGACCCGGCGCACGACCCUACGCUGGCGCUGGAUAAUGACGUUAUGUUCACCUCGCCGACACCGGACAAAAGAAUAAUGUUGUCGGCGGCCAGCAUGCCAGGCGGCCACACACUCGACACGCCGCCGGUGCCCGCGCGGCCGUCGCGCCCCAACUUCCUGCAGGUGCCGCCCUUUCUCACUCCCGCGCAGAUCCACAACAACAAAGCGAUCGCGAACAACAAGAUCGCGGGCAUAGAGAUCAGUACCCCCAGCAACGGCAUCCCGUUCAACUUCGACAGCCUCAUGGAGGGAGGCACCGGCCUCACACCCGUGCACCCGCACCCGAUCCACCUGGCGCACCCGUCGCACCCGUCGCACCCGUCGCACCCGUCGCACCCGUGCGCGCAGCAGCAGCGCGUCGCACCCGACGUCACCUCACCCGAUCACGGAAGUCUCGUCAGCCUUUGAGAAAUGGACCUGUUCUGCUUCGAUCGAGACUGUGUACUCGAUGCGAUUGAUUAGAUGCUUGAAGUUCGAUAACUAUAAAUGCGCGGAAAAAAUAAUAUUGGGGAGUUCCAUGAAUUAGUUUACCGUUGUCCCGUACAAACGCAAAUUGGAAAUUAAAUUACUGAUGGAAGACAAUCUUUAUCUGUGGCAAUAUGACGAAUUAUAUAUAGAAAAAUAAUCGUCUGUUUUAAACGCUGAAAAAAAAUCGCAACCCACAAAAUAUAUCUAAUGCAUUUGUACGGGAAACAGUGUUUCGUUUUUCGCGUAUUUUUAGUGGAAUGAAUUUGAAGUAUGAAUCAAAGUGUAUAAAUCGAGGUACGGUGCUACUACGUUUAGAAGCAGAAAGGAUUGUACUGCGCUUUGGCGUGAAACGCCGCGAACCAAGUUCGCGUUCGAGUUUCGACCGGAAUACUUAUUUAUUCUAUGUAAUUCUUCUCUUUCUACUCAUAAAUCUAUUUUUUCACUUGUAACGUCCUAUUUAUUAUAAGUACUUUAUGGUGUUUAAAAAAGGUAAUAAAGCUGUUAUUGAAAUUGGCUGAAUGUAAUCUUAUAUCAAUGGCCUAGUCAUGGAGGCUUGAUUUACUUUGUUUAAACAUCAGAAGGUACAAUUAUUCGGGUGUCACAGUCGGCGCUCGCUCCAAGAGGAGCACUAUCUACUUGCUCACUAUGUGCUUUGUAUUUAUAUCGUAGUUGCCUAGCGUACGGCCCCGGCCUCCUUGAGUCAAUUCUCGAGUUAUUCUAAAUGAAAAUAUUUUUAUAAAUAGACUUGUAUUUCCGCAAAAUAUAGGAAUUGUGAUUUAAAAUAAAA